UUAUGCCAUUUGUAUACAUUUUUGAGUUGUACUAGUGAUAAAAUCGACUUUUCUGGUGAUAUAAACUGCGUAACUUCCGGUAGAAAGUAAACAAAAUAAUGGCAGCUCUGAAAAAUGUGUUACCAUAUCGUAUAUCAUUUUUCAAAUAUAUAAAGACUUACAAAAGCGGUGAAAAUGGGCCAGUGAGUUCUCCAGCAGUGCCUGAUCACGGACCUAAUAAAUUUUUGACAGUAUUUAUUGAUGGUGCUAGCUCUGGUAAUGGUCAAGAAAUAGCCCAGGCCGGAAUAGGUGUAUAUUGGGGUCCGGGAAACAAACUAAAUACAAGCCUGAGGCUUCUGGGUAGACAAACGAAUAAUCGAGCUGAAAUUCUCGCUGCAGUUCAUGCUUUGAAACAAGCAAAGGAACUCGGAAUAACGAACAUACGAGUGUGUACUGAUAGUCAGUUUCUUAUUAAUGGAAUAACUAAAUGGAUUGAUAAAUGGAAAGACAACAAUUGGAAAACAUCUACUGGAAAACCUGUCAUUAAUAAAGAUGAGUUCCUAGAACUGGAAAAGGUUUGUCAAGGCAUAAAUGUUGAUUGGCGAUAUGUCAAAGCUCACAAUAAAAAUCAUGGUAAUUGUGAAGCAGAUAAGUUAGCUGUUGCAGGUUGCAAUAAAUCUCCUGGAAUUCCUUAAAUUCUAUUUAAAAACUACCAAGAAAUUAUAAUGUGAGAUUUCAUUACUGUGAUACAUUGUGUCUUAUUUACAUUUUUGUAUACACGCAGCAUUUACUGCUCUUUUUAGUGUGUUGUUUAACAUUUAUUAUUUGUCAGUAUUCAUAUUCAGAUAUUUCCACGAAAAUUGGCAUUAAUAUUAAAUAAAUUAAAAACAGUCAAAAUGUUUUGCAUUUUUUAAUUAUUAUAAUAUGUCAUAUAUUUGGAAAUACUAAUGCUUUUAUUUUUAGAAAGAAAUAAAGCCCAGGCCGGAAUAGGUAUAUAUUGGGACCCACAAAACAAACAAAAUACAAGCCUGAGGCUUCUGGGAAGACAAACGAAUAAUCAAACUGAAAUUCUCGUUUCAGUUUAUACUUUGAAAGGAAAUUCAUAUAUUAAUUAGUUCAUAGGAAAUUUUUAAUAUUCAUAUAUAAAUUAUUUUAAAAGUGCUAAAUUUUAUAACAUUAAUUUACAUUGAUUUUUUGGCUAAUUCAUUUCAAAUUCAUUGAAUCUUUAUUUCUGAUAUAUAAAAAAGAAAAUUUAUUUUGUCAUAUAUAUUUCUUUCUUAAUUAAAGUUUUUAUUUAUAUUCUUUUACAUCAGUUAGGCUUUAUUUUUUUAAUUAUAUUAUCAAAUAAAAUGUUUUAGUACAACAUUAAAAUCAAUAAUUACACAAGAUAAAACAAAAUUUACAAAGUGUGUUAACAUAAAAUUCUUUUUCUUAAGUCUUUAAAGUGAGUUGUAAAUUAUUAGCUUAAUUUUAUUUGUUAAAAGUAUUUUAUUUGAAUAACUGAUCAGAUGAUGCAUUCAAUUUAAUAGUUUUGAGGUUUUAAGAUUUUUUUUAUAUGUAAUAACAGCUGAAAUGCUAAUGAAAGAAAGAGAAACAAUAUUUAGUGACUGAAGGACAGCAAUACCAUGAAUAAAUUUCAUUUAUGCCAUUUUUUAAAGUCAAAUAUAAUGAUGGAGUGAAAACAUUAAUGCAAUUUGCCAAAUGCCAUUUAAAUAACUUAUGAUAAUUAAGGGGUGAAAUAAUUAUAUCAUUCUUAGGCGCCUUUUACUUUCCAUAUGCCACUAAAUAAGUGUUGGUUAGGUAGAUGAUAAAUUACAUUAAAUGUUACAUAUGUAUUUUAAAUAGAAAUGAGCAGUAGGAAGGAACUGAAUGAUACUUCAUUUCAUAGAUUUUUCCUGUAUAUAUAUUCAUGAUUGAAAAUAAAGGUUACCAAAUAAGUGAUUUAUUCCCUUUGUAUUCUGCAUAAAAGUUUAUAUUCAGUGCAAUGUAUGGCAAUAUAAAAAGAAAGGUUUAAAGUUCUAAUAUCAAAUUUCAUAACAAAAUGGAUCUGUGGUCUUUGCUGUCCAACUUUUUUUACUCAAAAUAUUGAUUUUCCUAGAUUUUAAACUUUCAAUUUGAAAUAUUUAAAUAUUUAGAAUUUCACGCUUGUUGUUUGAUAUGACUAAAUUAUAAAAAAUAAAUGAAAAUUUAAUUUUUUUGUCAAAAAUGGGUUAAUAUUUUUAUGUUUGCUUAUAAAAUAAAACAUAUUAAAAAUAUCAUUUAAAAGUGCUAACUGUCAAAAUUUUCAAAAUAAUAUUGUUAAUGAAGAAUUUUUUUUUUCAUGGAAAAACUAAUAUAUCUUUUCAUUAAAAAAAUUUUUUUUUUCCUUAGUCAGAAUGUUUAAAAGCAAAGAAACUCAAAUUGCAGUAACUGCAAAAAUAAAAUAAAACUGCAAAUCUAUAACGUGGAAACAAAAGAAAUGUUUUUCUAAUUGAUUCAUUGUAUAUUUGUUUUCAUGUUUCAAUUUGAAACUGAUAUUAAUAUUUAUUGUAAUACAAUUUAAAGUCUUAGCUUAUAAAAAAUAUAUUAUUAUAAGAAGUAAUGAUACAAUUUUAAGUGUUGUAAACAACUUAUAAAUAAAUUAUUAUUACUGGAAGUAGUAUUCUGAGCUUUUAUGUUUAUAAUCUUGAAAUCAUCUGCACUUUUUUGUGAACUCAACAGCAGCUGACAAUAGGCAUAAAUGUUUUUGCUAGUACAACAAUCAUGAAAUCAAAUGCCAAAACGCCAACCAUAAAAGUCAUUUAUUUCUAGUUCCAAGCUUAUUGUAUUUAGUACACAUUUUGGUUGCUGUCAUAAACUCUGAAAAAUUGCAGAAUUUUUUACUAAUAUUUUUCAUGAAACAGUGAUAUAUUUUAUUUUUGAGUAAAUUUUUAUGUUAUGAAACACAUUUGAAUUUUCUG